AUGUUAAAACGUACUAAACAUUUUGGUGUAGCAGUUGCUAUCUUAUUGCUACUCUGAGGUCCUACACUAGCUCAGCUUGAUGGUGAUACUGACUUGAGUGUGAGAUGAAACCGGUACGGAUUUGGUUAUGAAGAAUACCAAGUUACUACUGAAGAUGGGUAUAUUAAUACACUGAUGAGAAUUCCAUAUGCUCCAGAUAAUCAAGGCGUUCCGAACAAACCACCUGUAUAUUUGAUUCCGUCUGUGCUUCUUACAGCUGAGAUGUUCACUCAUCUAGGCCCUGAGAAUUCCCCUGCAUUUAACUUAGCAAGCCAAGGGUUUGAUGUAUGGAUCUCCAACCAGAGAGGAACUAUACAUAGUCAAGACCAUGUUGAGCUUGACCCUGAUGAUCCAGAUUCAGGUUACUGGGACUAUGACUUAGUGUCUUACAGACAAGAUUACAUGGCUGAUAUCACCACCAUCAAGGACUCUACUGGAUAUGGGACUGUUGGUGUCCUUGGGUUCCAUAAUGGGGCAGCUGCAUUAGCCUAUGCGAUGGCCAUCGAACCUGAAUAUUUUAAUGAAAAUGUUAAUGUAGGAGUUUUAAUGGCUUUCAUACCAUCAUAUGCUCAUUCUAACGCCCCAAUCUUUGCAAUUGCAAGCUACACCACUGGUAUGAACAAUAUGCUUGCUUCAAUGGGCGUGGAUGUCAUGAGUCCAGCUGCUCUAACAUUUAUUCACAGGACUAUAUGCGUGAACAUCCCCCUGAUUUGUAGUUUCAUAGAUGGAAUAUGGAACGGAGAGAUCAACCCCUUCACAGAUACUAUUUCUGGGAUUCAAAAUAGGUACCUUCUCAAUCGAGAUCUCUUCCCACCGAGGUUAAAUAAUCAUUUGACUCAGAGCUUUUCAUCUGGGGAAGUAACAUAUUAUGAUUAUGGAUCUGAGGAGAAUCUAGAAAGGUAUGGUUCAGAAAAUCCUCCUCUGAUUCCUUUCGAAAAUACUGAUAACCCGGUCGCUAUGUUUAUGGCAUCGCUUGAUCUGUCUUAUGGGCAUGAAGAUGACGAAUGGUAUGCUGAUUUAAUAGGUGAUGAUCUGGUGUUUUACCAAUAUUAUGAGAUGUCCCAUUACGGGUUUAUCAUUGGUGAUACACAACUCUACCUCCCUGACCUCGGAGAAGUGUUUGAAGAACAUGCAGAGCAAAGAAAUGAAUAGUUAUAUAUGACGACACCAAAAUAUG